AUGUUUCAAUCCUUCACGGGUAAUUCUCGUCGCCCGCGGCAGGUGAACCUCAGUGGCCGGGCCACUAAUCCAUUCGCUGCAUUCCCCGGAAACUCGCCGACUAGACAAACUCCUCAUGCUGCAAACCCCGAGAGUGCAGUCGCCAUUGCCCAACGUGAGCGAGCCCUGAGACAACUUGAGAGAGAUCGACAAACCGCAUCUCGCACCGUUCAGCGAGUCUGGCGGGGUCAUCAGAGCAGGAAAGCAACAUACAAGGUCUGGAAGUCUGAAUGGGAUACACUUGAGUGGGAGAGAGUUACCACUGCCCUGGACUUCGAUGAUGAUCGCCGCCCAAGGACGGAGGUUGAACGUCUGGAGUGUCUGGCACGUCUUUCGGCACCCCCAUAUCCCACGGCCGAGCAAUGCUUGGAUCAGCUCAGGCUUCUCGUUCAGUUUGUGGGAUUGGCAACAAAGAAAGAAGAUGUUCUACGUUUGGUAUACUUCUGCAAUGUCUUUGAGCAGACCUUCCAUGCUCUGCCGACCAUCGCGACAGAAAAUGACUGGACCGAGCUGUUAAAACGGCUGGCAACCGCUAUCCUCCAUGCGCUCGGCUCUGCAAGUAACAGUCCGACACAUGAAGCAGCCGUUCUGCCCCUUCUUCGGACGAUGGUCUUCCUGGGGGGCACCCUGUCACCGGAGCAUGUUACGAAUGCUGUCCUGGCUCUUUUGCGACCAAUCACCUCCGAAACCAUAGCAGCCUAUGAAGCGCUUGCUAUGUCGUAUCUGACCAUUCCAAACCUGCCUGCUUACCUUGGUGAGCUUGAUGGAUUGGCGCACCAGAUAAACUACAAGUUACUGGCGCCUGCAAUUGAAUCAUGCAUCCCUCUGACUAAAGAACGCCUUUCUACCGAUGAUGUCGAGGGCAUCGAAGGCCGACUUUGGCUGCUUGCGUACCUGAUCUUCUUCCACCGAUAUGCUCUUCCGGGACAGGCCAACCUGCAAGCACCUGACCUUGGAUUUCUGAAUGUCGUCUCUGGGUUGCUCAACUCAACCUCUGUCUAUCUGACAAGGUGCCUGGAGGCGGAUGAAAAUGGCCCGGAUCCAGCCAGAGGUCCGUAUUUGGAUCAGUUCGUCGCCGACCAGGUCAGUAGUCUGGUCAACCAAAGUAGCAUCACCGGGUUACUUUCUCGCAUCAAGACAUCGUACCUCUCACACACCGAUAUCUCAAACGAUUACAACGCUUCGAGAGAAGCAAAAAUUCUUGCUACUUAUGCCCUGAACUUGCUUAGGGUCUUCCCUCGGCGUGGGGAUGAUAUUCGAAUGUGGUUAUAUCUAGGCUCGGCGCCUUCAGCAGAUCUGACUUCCGGCCAGCCAGGUGCCAAAGUACCGGCGAUCAAAUAUUUUUGGCAGGCAUCAAAGUCCAGUCGAAUCUUCGAUACUAUUAGCAAGGACUCGAGCCAAGUUCUUCCGUUGCUGCAGCUACCACAAGAUGGGAAUCAAGAGGAUCAAGAGCAGGAGUGGACGAUUAUCCUCCUCUUUUUUGAGCUUUACACGUUCGUCUUGAAAGUAAUGGAUGACGAAGAGUUCUUCUCAAGCGCAUCACCAUUUGCAGCUUCACAAAAUGUGCUGUCUUCGUGGACAAAAGAAAGUGCGCUGCCUCUUAAAGACGUUAAAGACAUGACCGUCUUCCUCAAAAAUCUCGCCUUCACCCUCUAUUGGAAUGUUGCCGACUUGACCAAGAAAGGACCUGUUCCAUCAUCCGCUGUGGAUCUUAGAAGUUAUUUUAGCAACACGGCUCAAGUUUCUGGACCAAUGGAGCGUACUGAAGUGGAGACCAAGAAGGAGAUCAAUGAUCUUCCUGGUGUGACAGGUAUUCCACUUGACUAUUUCAAAGGCUUGGUUACAGGUUUGCUCAGAAUGCUGCAUGAGCGAGAUUCUCGACGCAAAUUCCUCCCUCAAAAUCAUUGGCUAAUGACUGAUCGAUUCGACAUGGAAGGUUUUAUCCCAGCCGUUGUGGCAGAAGAGGAGAAGCGCCAUGAAUUCCAGGACGACGAUGAAGAUGCUGAACCUGAUCUUCUCGACGAGGAAAACCCGGAGCCUUCUCAACUUGUCGGCAAUAGCCAUGCGCGGCGACUAAUUCACAUGCAGGCCAUGCGAAAUAGUCAACGAAGACAAGCUCAUAAUAAUGCUCUGGCUGCCAUUGCGCCACGGCUAGAGAUACUUCGAAAUAUGCCUUUCUUCAUCCCAUUUGCCACGAGAGUGCAGAUCUUCCGUCAAUUUAUAUUUAGGGAUCAACAGCGUCGCCGGAAAGGCUUCGUGGAGCCUGAAUCCUGGCGCUUGUCUGUGGCCCAAAGCGCUAUGAUGAAUGGACACGCUGAGGGUGCGGCUGAUAUCUUGGCCCGACACCACGCCGACAUCCGGCGUGAGAGUGUAUUUGAAGAUGCAUUCUCUCAAUACUACGGCUUGGGUGACGGUCUCAAAGAGCCAAUCCAGAUCAGUUUUAUCGACCAGUUUGGAGCAAUGGAAGCCGGUAUCGAUGGUGGCGGUGUGACGAAAGAGUUCCUGACCAGUGUCACUGCGGAAGCUUUCAAGACUGAUGACUAUGAGAGCAUGUUUGCGGAAAACGAUCACCAUCUGCUGUAUCCCAGCCCGAUAGCUGUUGACCAACUUAAAAAGGUUCUCAGCGAGGCUGGACUCACAAGUUCAAGCCCAGAGUGGCAGAAUGACGUGCGCGGUCUUCUUCGACGAUAUGAAUUCUUGGGCCGGAUCAUUGGAAAGUGUCUUUAUGAGGGGAUCUUGGUCGAUGUCAACUUUGCACCAUUCUUCCUCUUGAAGUCUGCGGUGAAGGAAUCUUCGUAUCGUGCUAACUUGAACGAUUUGAAGGACCUUGACGAAGGAUUGUACCAGGGCUUGUUACAACUGAAGAAUUACUCCGGAGACGUGGAAGACUUUGGUCUUGACUUUACCAUAAACAACGUGAUUCGGAUGCCCAGUGGACAGAACCGCACUGUCACAGCAGAGUUGAAACCGAAUGGCUCACAAACCCCGGUGACAAACAAAAACAGAUUGGUCUACAUUUCCUACGUGGCUCGUUACCGUCUACAGUUGCAACCUGUUCUGCAGACAAAUGCAUUUUUGCAAGGCCUGGGCCAGAUCAUUCAACCCGCCUGGCUAUCCAUGUUCAAUCAGUCCGAGUUGCAGACGCUAGUGAGCGGAGACAAGGCUGAUAUUGAUGUGGAGGACCUGCGACGGAACACCCUCUACGGAGGUGUGUAUGUGAUUGGUGAUGACAAUCUAGAACAUCCGACCAUUGCACUGUUCUGGCAGGUUAUGCACGAGAUGACCAACGAGGAGCGGCAAAAGGUCAUCCGGUUCGUGACGUCUACACCUCGAGCUCCGUUGCUGGGAUUCAGCCACCUUCGUCCUCACUUUAGCAUUAGAGACUCCAGUGAUGACCAGGAACGUUUGCCGAGUACCAGUACUUGUGUGAAUCUUCUGAAGCUGCCACGGUACUCUGAUGCAGACACAUUGAGGAGCAAGCUUUUGUAUGCAGUGAGUUCCGGUGCUGGGUUUGAUUUGAGUUGA